UGGCUGGUUGCGAUGUGAGAGGCGAGGUUUGUAAACCAGUCAGAACAGUUCAGUUGGUCGUGUGCCUCUCGGGUUUUGCCGCGCGUGUUGUCCCCGUAAGAACAGGUUGCUCGCAGACACCGACGCAUCCUUUAUGGUGAUGUCCUAGCGUCAGGGUGUGGUAUCGGGGAAUUUCCUUUAGAACCCGUGAAAAGGCAAGUUUGCAGACAGAGAGUGCGAGAGUCACUAGGAGGAGAGCAAGACCCGGACCUGAGGUGACAGACUGUCAGGGCGGGAGGGGAAAAGAAGAAACUCGCACUCAGUGAGGUGGAUUCAGCCGAGCAGAAGUAAGCGGUCGGAGGGCGAGACAAGAAGCUAAGGGAUUGGUACCGGGAUCCCAGCGUUACCUGUCAGACGCCAGGGCACACUUCCACACUCCUUGGUCCGGACACGGGAAAGGCAUGGGCCACUCAGAGUGUAAUCAGGUAUAAAGUAGGGAACUGGUGCCAGAGUGCUUAAAGAAGAUUGAAAAUUCCUCUUUGAAAUCUAUCUUCAAAGGUCCUCAAUCAUAAACCUUCUUUAGAAGCACUGGGGAAUUCUGAAGGAUAAAACUUAGAUAUCUUGCCUGUGAAAAUGAAUGGAAAUAAUUCAACUCCAACAUCCAACUUCAAGUCACUUGAAAAUCAAGGACCUUCCAACUCAGUUUGUAGCCAAGAUACCUUGCCUAUUGAACAGUUCAUGGUCUUUACAGAAAGCCAAAAGAAAAUAGUUACCGCAUUGUGUUCAAUAGUGGGGCCUUUUACUGUUUUGGAAAACAUUUUAAUUUUAUGUGUAAUACUCUUGACCCCACAACUCCGAAAACGACCAUCUCAAUUAUUUAUUACUAGCCUUGCCUCUGCUGAUCUCAUGGCAAGUGCCGUAUUUGUUUAUAGUUUUAUUUGCUUCCAUGUUAUCGAGAACAAGGACAAGAAGAAUGUAUUUCUGUUUAAACUUGGAUGUGUCAUUAUAUCAUUCUCAGCUUCAGUGGGCAGUUUGCUGUUGACUGCUAUUGACAGGUACAUAUGCAUUCACAAGCCUACUGAAUACAAGACAAUUAUGACAAAGAAGAAAGCAAUGAAUUGUAUUUUGGUUUUGUGGCUAUUUGUUAUUUUUAUAGGCUUACUUCCUUUGAUGGGUUGGAAUUGCUGUCAAUUACAUUCUACGUGUUCCCAGCUAUUUCCUUUAAUUGAUGAAACCUAUUUAAUUUGCUGGAUAAUGCUUAUAACCUGUCUGUUAUUUAUAAUAAUUCUUGCCUAUAUACAUAUUCUAUUGAAGGCCCAUAUUCAUACAGCCUACAUGGAGAAACAAAGAAGGAAACAUCAAGCAAAUUUAGGACACAAACGUAUGGACAUUAAACUUGCCAAAACACUAGGCCUAAUAUUAAUUAUUUUGGUUACUUUUUGGUGUCCAGUCUUGGCUCUAAUGACAUAUGAUAUAUUUACCAAUGUAAGCGAAAAUAUCAAAAUGGCGUUUGCGUUUUGCAGCAUGCUGUGCUUGCUACAUUCAACCAUGAAUCCAAUAGUUUAUGUGUCAAGGAGCAAAGAGGUGCGCUGUAUAAUAUUCAAUAUUUUGUCUGGGUACAAGAAGCAGGAGCCAACUCUGGAGACCAGCCUGGAGUCUGAUGGACAGAACAAAACCCAGGUUACAAGUGUUUGUUCAACAAAUGAGAGAUACAGGUCAGAAUAUAGUACCACUCCCACCAUGCCUGAGAAGACCGCCUCAACAAUGGUCUUUCAGAACAACAACUUAUGCAAAGAGGAAGAACUUUCCAGCUGAUGAUACUUAUUUUGAUCCACACAAUAGGGGACUUCUGCCAAGAGAGCACAUCUUCAGGUGUCAAGCGAUCCUAAUUCACCUACUCAUAGCAUUUUGUUUGAACGAUAUUUCAGAUAUGUUACAGAAUUUAAGAAUCACAUUUGCCAACUUUUCUUUAAGAAAAUAUUGCUAUGUAUUCCUGACUUUUGUGUCAAUUUAAUCAGUAUUUCAAAAUGUUAACAGCCCCUUUAUGCAUUCACUUGAAAUAACAGUACAUAUAUGUGACUGUGUUGCUUAAAUUCUUCAAUGGAUUUUUAUUCUGUAGCACAAUUUUAAGAAACAAACACCUUUCUGUAGAGUUAGUGUGGAAAACAGCUUGGCAAAUUAAUCUUAGAGGUAACACAGAACAGCCUCUGAAAUGAGAAACUUUAUUAGAAUUUCUCAUUGGAUCAUACUUUCAUGUUGUAAACAAUAAUAUAUUUGCAAAUGAUGAAUUCUUGUCCAGUUAAAACAGGUCUACUGAGACAAACCAGAAGAGAUUAUGAGAAAAUGAACGUCUUUUAUCAAUGUAUUAUGUACAUCAUAAUAGCUUUGGUGAAUGAUCCAAGAACUAGUACGAACAAAAGUUCUGUUAACUUUUACAAAUGAGGUUUAAAGAUAAUAAAAACAGUAAGUGUUGGCAAGCAGAUCAGGCUGUGUCUGUGUAAAGAGAAACAGAGUUAACAUUUCUAGUCAAGCACCCUUCAUCAACACUGGGAAUGAGAGAAAAACAAGUUAGUUUUAAGGUUAGGUCUUUAUUCUUUGGAGCAUAGAAGAUUGGGGGAGACUUGAUAGAGGUAUUUAAAAUUAUGAGGGGGAUAGAUAGAGUUGACGUGGAUAGGCUUUUUCCACUGAGAGUAGGGGAGAUUCAAACAAGAGGACAUGAGUUGAGAGGGGGCAAAAGUUUAGGGGAACACGAGGGGGAAUUUCUUUACUCAGAGAGUGGUAGCUGUGUGGAACAAGCUUCCAGUAGAAGUGGUAGAGGCAGGUUCGGUAUUGUCAUUUAAAGUAAAAUUGGAUAGGUAUAUGGACAGGAAAGGAAUGGAGGGUUAUGGGCUGAGUGCGGGUCGGUGGGACUAGGUGAGAGUAAGCGUUCGGCACAGACUAGGAGGGCCGAGAUGGCCUGUUUCCGUGCUGUAACUGUUAUAUGGUUAACUUACAGGAAAGGUGGAAGAAGGCAUGUAGAGGAGGAAGUAAAAAUCUACAACAGGGUGAAGACAGGAUUACCAUGGGAAUAAAUUGUAGUGUUUUUCUCUCCAUUGGGUCAAUCAGAAGAGUUAGAAAGCACAAAGCACAAUAAUAAAUAUUUCACACUAAUUGCUUAAUUUAUUUUUUAUAUAUACUCCUUACAAUAGCUCAUAGCUUUGCGGUCAAUGCAUUGUAAUGUACUGCUGCCACAAGGUGGAUCCCAUGGCAUAUGCCGGUGAUAUUAAGUCUGAUUCUGAUUAAAAUGUUAUGAGAUGCAGGGCUAUGAGAGCAGCCCAGCAGGGCAGACUGUACUAAUGAAGAGCAAAGCUGAGCUAGAACCACUGAUGGGUGACUAACAGGAGAAAAGACCAAACCUGAUGCAGGCAGAGAAAGCAAAUCAGCAGAAGUUGUAGACUUUGAAAACGAGUCAGUCUGGCUGUAUCAUGCCUGGACGGAAGGUGCUACUCCACAAGACAUUACUCUUUAUUUCACAACAAUCUAUAUUUCUAUAUUUAUAUUACUACUCCCCACUGAGCCCAUUAACCCACUAUCUGGAGGACCACUACAUCUUACCUUCCUGGUAACCCUGGUCUCACCUUAUCACUGGUUCACUUUGACCUAUUCAUUCCUCCCAACCACUCCCCCCACCCAACCUCCUCCACAAUUUAAACCACUUUCUCAUUUUUUCUUUAAUGCCGGUGACAGGACUUAGAGCAGAAAUGUAAACUCUAUUUCUCUUUUCAUAGAUGCUGCCUAAUCAGCUGAGACUUCUGGAUUUCCAGCAACUGUAUUUUAGAUAUAAAAAUCCUUGCUUUAACCUCUGGGCUGUUGUAUAUUCCUGAUCUAUUCAUUGUUAUUUUGCUAGCUGUGAUAUAUAUUUAUAAUUGAACUUCCAGUCUCCUGUGAUAUCUCAUCAAAUAACAGGCAUGUUUGGUAAAUCCUGAUCUUUGGACCUUGUUCUACUUUUACUGAGGGUGACGAUAAGAAAUAGCAGUUUCUUCCAUGUUCUUGUUUAUCUGCAUGCAAUAUUAAAAGGAGCAAAUAAAAGCAAAUAAAAGAUAUUUGAACCAAUGUGGAUUGGUUAUGAAUUCCA